GACGAGAGCAAGAAGAGAAGAGAACAGAGAGAGGAGCAUGUGUAUGCCUCUGUAUGUGUCCUUGCGUGUGCGCGUGCUUGAAGGACACAGAAAGCCAGACGGCCAGUGGGAAGCACACGGCUGCUCUCUGACAGCUGUUCUUGCCACCGCAGCAGCAAGAAGCAGGCAGCAACAGCUCUGGAAAAUCGCAUCAAUGUAAGGAGAAGGUGCGUCACCCAGAGGGGUGAGCAGAUCGCGGUGUGUGGACUGGAUUGUAUUCGUACCAGGGCUAAUUCAGCAAGUUUCAGCACAGCAGUUAAUGUCUCUCUCUCUCUUUUUGUGCGUGUCUCUCUCUUUCCCCCUCGGUUUGUCGUGGUCCAUUUUAACAGCUGCGAUUCUGAGAAAAGGAAAGAAAAAACAUCAUCUGCUUUUCAGGCUCCCCAGGUGUCGUGCAGGAUUGGCAGAUUCCCCCUCUGGCAGCAGCCUGGAUCCUCUGUGUGCCUCCCCUAAUCUCUCUGGGGAUGCACCGCCACAGCGUUCAUCUCCUUCUGUUGGACCCCCAGGAACACAAAGCUAGCUAACAACUUGCUGGUUGGGGGGGCUGCUCAGUAUAGGGAAAGUACAAGCAAAAAAAAUUCCCCCUUGAUUCUGGGCUGACUGCAAAUGGAGGGAGUUUGAUUACUUCAUAUACAGUUGCUUUUAUACAACUCUCCGGUUCUCCCAUGGACACGUGGGAGGGGGAAAUAGGGGUGAUUCUGAGCACUGGACCCAUUGGUUUCUUGGCCCUGAUGUUGGCUGUUGCCACUAAUUAACCUUCCUCUUCUGUUUUUUUCUUACUCAUUCAUGUUUCCUGCUCCGGAUCCAGCAACCAUCAGUUGUCUUUCUUUGUUUUUUUUUUUUAAUCUGAUCGUUCAUGUUACUUGGGCCAGAACAAACCAUGGCAAAGGGAUGGCUAUAACUUCCCCUAAUUUCUGUCCUGCUCUAUCUCACUCCUGAAGAAGCAAAGGGCACAGUUCAGAUGUCCCAAAAGAAAUGGUCUUACAAAGGCUUCAAAUGUGCGACUCUUUUGUUUCAGUCCAGAACAAAAAUGGUCCUGUUUUGGUGACUCCUGAGGCUUUUUACCAAUUUGCAUGAGCAACAGAAGCAGGAGAUUCAUUCAGUCUCUGUCUACUAACAAAGAUGUGGAAGACAAUUAUGAACUAUAAAAUUGAGUUUUUCAAAAUAGGAGACUGAUUUUGAUUUACUGGGGUAAUUCCAAGAUGGAACUUCUCUGAGGAACUGCUUCUCAUAUGACUGAAAUGAUUUGAUUGCUGGGAGUCCCGUGGCCUUCAGCACUUGUCCUCUGCUCACCGCCGGCUGUGGGUCUGCCACAGUGAAGUUCAUGAGAAGGAAGUCAAGGCAAAGUAGGGCUUUGGUUGCCCCGGAGCUCUUAAGAUGUUGAGAUCUCCCCAUAUCACCGGUGUUCCCGUUUGGAUCAGAAGUGCAGCACGUCCCCGACGCCAGGGACAUGGACCCCAAAGCGGCUCCCCCGCGCACACCCCACCUUGCCCUGUGAAGGAUGUCCCUCAGAGGAGCACCACCUCGGGACACCUCUGAGACCCCCAGCUCCAGAGAGAGAAUCCGUAGCCACAUGAAGAUGGUGAUAGACCAACUUGAAGGCAUCCUCCAGGAGUUAAAGGAGGUGGCCAGCGAACUCCGAGAGGUGGUGGCUCAGAUUGACGAGUUGACAUCGGACUUUGACUUUGAUCUAGAGCCAGACGACUGGACAGGUGCCACAGUGAGCAGCACCUCCAGCAGUGAGCGAGGGCUGGGUGACACCUUCAGGUUGGACCUCCUCAAUCCUGACGUGCUCUCCGACAGCUGGGAGCUCUGCAGCUUCCUGGAGGCUUCCACCGGGCCUACCCUGAAGCUGGCAGAGCCGCGGCCUGGGGACAAGAGACCGGAGCCAGAUGUGGGGGGCAACCCUGCUGCAGUGCCCACCAACGCCAGUGUGUACUCGCAGAUGAAUGGGGGGCUCCCCAUCCCCAAUGGACCCCUGAGAAUAACGCCAGACUCAUCCAGUGAGGAGGCCUCCAGCUCCACUCACAGUCACAAGGCCUCACGACCCUCGAGACUCAAAGAGCGGGUCCGUUUCAGUGACAAGAUCCUGUACCAUGCACUGUGCUGCGAUGAUGACGAGGGCGAGGAAGAGGAGAGGGGAGAGGACGCAAUACCGGAAACGGACAGUGAGCCUAGUCCCCCUACUGUCUCCCCCACGCCCACGCCUACUGUACUCUCACCGUCCGAGGACUCACUUCACCUCAACUGCCUGGACUCGUCCUCUCCCUCCCCACCGGCACCAGCUGGGGGGGUACAGACAUUUGUGAUUCCUCCCGCACCGGCGAGAAAGGGCCACAUUAACCCGAGCUGCAGAAAAAAACUUUUACGGAACAACAGCACACAAACUGUGUCUGACAAAAGCACCCAAACUGUACUGCCCUAUAUCCCAAACAAACAGAAAACGAUGGAGCCGCACUGAGAAAAUCCACAGCAAGAAAAUGGACUGAAUAUGAACAUUUAAUAUUGCAUACUUAGGUAACAGAUUACUACACCACCAAUCAAUAACUUGUUAAAUAAAUAAAUGAUAUAGGAAAACUGCCUGUCUGCUUAACUUUAAUUCAAGACUCAGGGAAAUUACUAACAGGGUUAUGAUGAUACAAAAAAAGUUCCUCGCAGUAAUUUAAACAGUUAAGCAGAAAACUGGGCUAUAUCAUAUGAGACUCAGAGAUCCACGGGCGGGACACACACCAGCGUAAGCCUCAAAUAUUUCUAAAUAUUUUACCAGGCAAAAAAAUAUAUAUAUAAAAGCACAUGAAAUGAGAUUUAUAUAGUAAUAUCAGGAUUAUGGCUCAUGAGACAUAUGCAGCGAACGAAUGCAGACUUUUUGUCAAUGACGGGGGUAAGUAGAGCUUGACAGGAAUGCAUGUUACUCCAUAAAGUCAUCUCCUUGGUUUACUGAAUACUGAACGGUGGCACAUGUUCUCAAAUGAUUAUUUUCUGUAAGGAAGCAAACAUAUAAGGGGAGACAGCAACUGACGGUCAUAAAGCCACAAUGCAAAAGGGAUUCGGGUCCUUGGUGUCCCUGCAGGAAUUAAAGGGUGCUGCUUGUAUCCUCAGGGACAUUGCAAAUGUACUGCUGAUGGAUGUCGGUGACUUGGGGAAACCUGCCCCCACCC